CUACUUACAUUCACACACACUAACACACCAACCACCUGGAACACAAUGCACACCGUCGCGACGGUACUAUUAUUGGUAGCUGCCAUACUGGCAGUAUCGGCACAGCAAUACCAGCAACCAGGUGGAAACUACGUCGACGAGUACUCGGGUUAUGAGUCUCCUAGACCAGCUCAUCCGACACCGCGAAGUUACGCCUCCGAGUCAGCACCGAAUCGACAAUCGGCCGGUCCAACCACUCCCAAACCAACCCCGGUGGCCAUCUUGAAGCAGAUAAACAGGCACAACGAGGACGGCUCGUACACGUACGGAUUCGAGGGCGCGGACGGCUCGUUCAAGAUCGAAACGAAACUACCGACUGGCGAGGUGAAGGGUAAAUACGGUUUCGUGGACGACACCGGUAAAGUACGUGUCGUCGAGUACGGAGCGAAUCAAUACGGUUUCCAACCGGCCGGCGAGGGUAUCACCGUCGCGCCACCCACUCUGAUAGACGAGACCACCAGCAAGGAAGCUUUACAAGCACAGAACUACCAGGAAGAGUACCAACAACAGGCUGCCAGGCCUGCGCCACUACGAGCUGUCGCGCCUGCGCCUCGUCCUGCACCCCUACCGCAACAAAUCCCGUACGACCAGUCGGCCUACCAACAACCCCAAUCUCACACUCAGGCGGUUUACUCGCCGCAAUUACCACCCAGGCAACACCAAAGCGUCCCUAAACCGCAAAUUUUCACGCCUGCCGCGGCUGCACCACCCCAAUCUGCCCUGUCCAAACAGACCGCGAUUCUUCAGCAGAACGAGGAACCGGUACCACCGUCCCAACUGUACAAUCAGGGACCAGCCCAGUUUGGUCCUGCUCCCGUUCAGGAACAUCGUUCCCAACCGCAACCGCGCAGCCAAAGCGGCGGUAUACUCGAUCAGCUGGCUAGGGAUUACGCUCUGCCGCAGGGUGUUGCACCGCCGUUGCACGACAUCAGUUUCGGUUACUACUAG